AAGAAAAAAGAAAAGAAAAAAAAAAGAAAAAAGGGAGGGGGCCAGAAACUUAAUCUCAAUGAAUGAGAAAAUCUCCAAUUAAUGUUUAACACGGUAGGAUGGUCCGAUGGGAGAACGGUGGCGUGAUCCGGCACAUCCCCGCCCCAAAGAUUUAGAGGAGCGCACGAACAUCUGGCCCGGGGAGGAGGGAAAGCAAAAGCAAAGCGGAGUAGCUGCGCGUGUGAGUGUGCGCACUCGCUCGGGUGGUCAGUUAGCGUUGGCUACUUCCGAGCAACUCACAGCGCUAAGGGCAGUUUAUAAACCCAAGUCGGGAGCGCAGUCCAGGUGCAAAAAGAGGCUCGCCUCGAAACCGAGGCGUCCUGCCUCUGCUGCCGCCCUUUCCCCCGGCUACGCUCGGCGUGGGAUUCUCCCUCGACUUAGCUCUUAGGCCGGCGUUGCGGGUUUCCCGCGCUCCAAGCCCCGCUUCGCAAAGCGCGCCGCGAUGGGCAGCCGCGGCUUUUGGCGCGCUUCGCGGCUGCUGCUGCUGCAGUUGCUGCUUGUCGGCGCGCUCGCUUGGUCAGCUCCGGCGGCCGCCGCUCACUCCGAGGCGGACGAAGGCGAAGACCUGAUGCGCUCCUUCGCUUUCGAGGAGGAGAACCUGGCCGAAUUCGCCAGGCACCGAAGCUCCCCGGCAGCUUUCUACCGGAGCAGUAAGGAGUCAUGGCGCCUAUCUGGACAUUAUAUUGUGGUGCUCAAGGAAGAAACCCUUAAAUCCCAAGCCCUACAAACUGUCAAGCGUUUGCAAGCCAGAGCAGCCAAGCAUGGCUACAUGACCAAAAUCCUGCAUAUCUUUGAGGAGCUAAUCCAGGGCUUUGUUGUCAAGAUGAGCAGUGAUGUGCUGCAUAUGGCUUUGAAACUCCCACAUGUGGAUUAUAUAGAAGAGGACUCUUACGUGUUUGCUCAAAGCAUUCCUUGGAAUCUUGGCCGGAUUGUCCCAGAACAGUACAUGCUGAAUGAGUAUAAUCCCCCCAAUGCUGGUGAACUGGUUGAGGUUUAUCUGCUAGAUACCGCUGUCCAGAGCACUCAUCGGGAAAUAGAAGGCAAAAUAUUUGUGACCGAGUUUGAGAAUGUCCCGGAAGAAGAUGGCACUCGCUUUCACCGCCAGGCCAGUAAGUGUGACAGCCAUGGGACCCACAUGGCAGGUGUGGUGAAUGGAAGGGAUGCUGGAGUUGCCAAAGGGGCCAAUGUCCGCAGUCUACGGGUGCUCAACUGCCAGGGAAAAGGCACCGUAAGCGGCACACUGAUUGGUCUGGAAUUCAUUGCAAAGACCCUGGCUGUCCAGCCCUAUAGCCCCUUGGUUGUUUUGCUCCCCUUGGCUGGUACCUAUAGCCGCAUCCUGAAUGCUGCUUGUCGUCAGAUGGUGCAGAUGGGGGUAGUCAUGAUAGCUGCAGCAGGCAACUACAAAGACGAUGCUUGUCUGUACUCUCCAGCAUCAGAACCAGAGGUUAUUACAGUUGGAGCAACCAACGCCCAAGAUCAGCCUGUAUCUAUGGGGACUUUGGGAACCAACUUUGGACGUUGCAUAGAUGUGUUUGCUCCUGGAGAUGAUAUAAUUAGUGCCUCUAGUGACUGUAGCACCUGUUUCACAUCGCAGAGUGGGACAUCCCAAGCAGCUGCCCAUGUUGCAGGUAUUGCAGCCAUGAUCUUGAAUGCCAAUCCUGCCCUGUCCAUCUCCGAGCUGAGGCAGAAACUGAUCCACUUUUCUGUCAAAAACCUUAUGAACGAGGCUUGGUUUCCAGAAGACCAGAGGCUGUUAACACCAAACAGAGUGGCUGGGCUUCCCUCCAAAAUUUUAGCAGAGGAACAACUGUACUGUCGCUCUGUGUGGUCUUCCUUGUCUGACUCAACCAGUGCAGCAACAGCUGUUGCCCAAUGCAACAGCGAUGAAGACAUGUUCAGCUGCUCAAGUUUAUCAAAGAAUGGCAAGCGGCGAGGGGAGCACAUUGAGGAUAUUGGAGGCAAGAAGGAGUGUGUGGCUCACAACAGAUUUCGAGGCCAAGGUGUCUAUGCCAUAGCCAGGUGUUGCAUUUGGCCCAAGGCUGACUGUCAGGUUAAUAGCCAUUCACAGACCACAGAGGGCACAGCUCUGAAAAGUGUUAGCUGCAACAAAGAUAGCCAUGUUUUGACAGGCUGCAGCACCCAUUCUCUGGCUGGAGAUCUCAGUGGCGGCAUCAAAGCUGUACACCAGGCAGACAGUAGCCGGGCCCACUGUAUAGGCCAAGGAGAAGCAACGGUGCAUGCUUCCUGCUGCCAUGCACCCAGCCUUGAGUGCAGAGUUCAGGGACAUCCUCCCCUGGAAUACUUGACAAAGGUGAUGGAGACCUGUGAUGAUGGCUGGACUCUAACCGGAUGUAAUGCCCAGUCACAUAGCUUCAACACUCUUGGGGCAUAUUCAAUGGACAACACCUGUGUUGUAAUCAGCCAACAAGGAAGCAAAGGAGCAACCGCAGUUGCCAUCUGCUGCAGAAAGAGGCUCUUAGAGGAUGAGAAGCAAAGUUCCAGUAAUAAGUGACAAUUCUACCUUUCUCCCCCUCCCAACUAUCCAAAGGACUCACAAAUUUUGACAAUUGCCAUAUAGGGUCACACUGGCAAAUAGCAGGACUCCAAUACAGUUGCGGAUUACUUGUGAUAGCCUUAGCACAACUAUUUCAGAGGCUGCAAUUGUGCAAAACAUUGUCCCUCUAGCAACAUUCCCAUUGUUGUUAUCAAGAGAUGGGUGUCUUUGAUGUCACAGUAGUAUCAGUUAAGAUAUUGUAAAAUACCUUUGAUCAAUCUUUUGAACAUGGUUUUUCAACAACUUUUUAGUUGCAAUCAGUGACUUCCAGGCUUUUUAGAGUAUCUAUUUUGUCAAUCAUCCAUUAGUUCAGUGCAUUAUGCUAAUAGCUGCGUAGAAGAAUAGAGGAGAAGCGGGCAGAAGGAUGAAGAAGUAACAGUUUCUGUGUAAUUCUUUAGCUUAGUCACACAACCUUUCAUUGGUUGAACCAGAAAUGUCUGUGUAUAUAUGAGUGAUGCUUAAAACUGUAAAAGGUGAAAGUAUUAAUACUAUAAAUCUGCCCAGGAUAGCAGAUUAAUUGCAGAGCAUACCAAUUAACCAUACCAAUUAUAUCCUUUUAAAAAUAUUUUUAUAUGGUAAGUUGUAUGGUAAUAUUUUGCAGCAAACAUAGGCAAGCCAUGGGCUGUAUUAACCCUUCCUUCUAAAGGCCCAUGCAAUUAUUAGAAUAUCCUUUGUAGUUAAACUGUUACAUAACAAUUUAACUGUUUAAUGCUUUAAAAGGAAACUGGCAUACCUGGGAGAUAUUCUCGGUUCAGUUCCAGAUCAGCAAAUAUUGCAAUAAAGUAAGUCACACAAAAGGGAUGCGGUGGCUCAGGGGCUAGGACGUUGAGCUUGUCGAUCGAAAGGUUGGCAGCUCAGCGGUUUGAAUCCCUAGUGCUGCCGUGUAACGGGGUGAGCUCCCGUUACUUGUCCCAGCUUCUGCCAACCUAGCAGUUUCAAAAGCAUGUAAAAAUGCAAGUAGAAAAAAUACGGACUACCUUUGGUGGGAAGGUAACAGCGUUCCGUGUGCCUUUGGCGUUGAGUCAUACCGGCCACAUGACCAUGGAGACAUCUUCGGACAGCGCUAGCUCUUCGGCUUUGAAACGGAGAUGAGCACUGCCCCCCAGAGUCAGCAACGACUAGCACGCAUGUGCGAGGGGAACCUUUACCUUUUUAAGUCACACAUUUUUGGGGGGGGGUGGAGGGAGGGUUUCUGACUGCAUAUAAAAGUUAUGUUUGCACUCUAUGUGUAAAAUCUUACUAUGUCUAAAAAACAAUGUACAUACCAUAAUUAAGGUUAUUACUAAUGAGCAAAUGCUGUUGGAAAAAUGGUGCCAGUAGAUUUGUUCAACGCAGGUUUGCCAUGAGCCUUCAAUUUACUAAAAAAAUGCAGUAUAUGCAAAGGUGAGUAAAGCAAAACACAAUAAAAUAAGGUACGCCAGUAUUCAAAUACAAUUUGAUAGAGUUGGGAAGUGUUUCUCCUGCUUUUGCUCACUUCUUGAAAUUCUAUGGUUGCAGCUCUCAACCUGAGACAGCCUGGUCAUCUAUAAUCUAGAUCAGGGGUGUCAAACUCAUGGCCUGCAGCCUGGUUGCAUUCUAUGCUGGCAACGCUCACCCCCAGUUUAACGAAGGUGAAAAAAAAGUUGCAGUAUGUCACGUGAUGUGUCGUGGCGAGUUUGACACCCCGAUCUAGAUUGUACACAUUGUUGUUUUCUGUCAUCAUUCUCCAGUGCCAUUGUACAAAACUGCUUAACAAUGGGUUGUAGCCGGUCUGAAAUAGGAUUUUAUCCUAUUGUAUCCUUAUACUAACUUUUGAGAAGCAGAAGUUUCUCCUCUUUUAUUUCACACAGGAAACAAUUACCUUAAUUGUAUUACUUAACAUAUUAAAAUUAUUGUAAAUGAACUGUGUUAGCUUCUGUAGCCAUGAAUGGAGGAAGCUGUGCAAAAAUGAGAGCAGUUUUUUCUAAGGAGACUGGAUCAGUGUAGAGAACUACUUUUCUCCUAGAUCAGGGGUCUCCAACCUCGGUCCCUUUACGACUUGUGGACUUCAACUCCCAGAGUCCCUCAGCCAGCAAAGUCCACAAGUCUUAAAGGGACCGAGGCUGGAGACCCCUGUUCUAGAUAGCAUAACACUCAGUUCCAUCCUCUUAUGAUGAGGAUUCUGAAAAAUACUGGGAACUGUAGCUGAAAAAAAAUUAGCAUCGGGCCCCAGGAAAACUACUGGAUCAAUGAAAUAUAGUUUUAUACAAGCAAACCUGAAGCUUUUAAAAGCACUGAAGAUUUAGGACUCCUGCAUGAGUGGCUUUAAGGCAACCAUGAAACAAAGUACAUGCUGGGUAAGUCGCACCAAACAGUGUAGUUUUUUACUAUCAUGUAAAUAUUUCCCUCUUACCAAAUGUUUAAUUGCCUAUAUAAUUGAAUCUUUAACCAUGUGUAUGUUAAAUUACUAAGUAAAAAUAUUUUUAACUAAGGGACUAUAUACAUGUUUCCUUAAAUGUAAACUUAAAUGUAAGUUUAGUUCAAAGUAAAUGUAUAUUGGAGCCUGUUGCAUUUUUGCUUUAGAAAGGGCAAAAAACAUUGAAUCAUGAAUAGAGUAAACUGCAUGUGAUUCUUUAUAUGUUGUUUUGAAAUUAAUACUCAAAUUUAUUAUCUACUGUAAUUGCUUGAGAAGAUUUCUUUGUGCUGUGUAUUUUACAUUUUUAUCUGGAAUCUAUUUAUUCUGUUUUAUAUAACAUUUUAUAAAGCAAUUUC